AUGCAGAUCUUCGUCUACGAAUUCAUCACAGGCGGUGGUCUGCUACGCUCGGGCGAAUGCGAAUCGACGCUCUCUUCGCUUCGGGACGAAGGCUUGGCAAUGUUCAAGGCCAUCGCUACCGACCUUGCGCAAGUGAAGGAUGUGGAAGUCCAUGGACUGUGGGAUGCCCGGCUAGAGUCACCUCCCUCGGAAUUGCCGGUCACAGUGAGCUCGGUUGCCAACCGGGACGAUCAGCAGCGGACGUUUGACCGGCUGGCAGCCACCGCUGAUGCGACAUUGGUGAUUGUCCCCGAGACGGGUGGGGAACUAUUCUUGGCUGCAAAACGGGUGCUGGAAGUGGGGGGGCAGUUGUUGGGGCCCGCUCCUGAAUUGAUUGCCUUAGUUUCCGAUAAGCAUGCGUUAGUACAGCAUUUGUCGCAGCACGGCGUCUCUGUGCCUGAAGGCCGGGUUCUGCAUGUGGGCGACUCUCUCCCGCAGGCGUUGGAUUAUCCGGCGGUCUUGAAGCCGCUUGAUGGGGCAGGGGGUCUGGAGACGUUUCUAGUGGCCGAUGCAGCUCAAGUAAGUAGCUCUCGCCCCGGGGUCGACUGUCGGCUUGAAGCGUAUUGCCCUGGCGUGCCUGCUAGUGUCGCUUUUCUCUGCGGACCGGCUGGGAAUGUGAUUUUGUCUCCAUGCCGGCAGAAUGUGAGAAUCGAGCAAAACGCGUUUCAUUACCGCGGAGGAUUGGUCCCGCUACCAGCCUCCUUGGCAACCCGAGCGAUGCGACUCGCCCGAGGGGCAGUGGAAAGUUUGCACGCGCCGCGAGGGUAUUUGGGUGUCGAUCUGAUCCUGGGAGAAGACCCUGCCGGCAAGCAAGACUUUGUCUUGGAGAUCAAUCCUCGGCUUACGACGUCUUAUGUCGGGCUCAGGCAGGCGGUCUCAGGCAACUUGGCCAAGUUGAUGCUAGACGUUUUAGUCGGAAAGUGUGUCGAGUUGUGUGGUGAGCCUCGAGCGGUAGAAUUCUCAGCCGAUGGCCGCGUUUGGGCAUCUGAAGAGGAUUUGGCUGCCGCAUUACGUGGCUUGCUGGAAGAGUUGCCUGCCGAGCGCAACAUCGUCGCUACAAUGACUGGGGAGUUGGCCGACUGUUUCGCGACUAAGUCUGAGGGCGUUCGCUCCAUUGUUGAAGCGAUGUCUCAAUCCGCACCAGGGCGUUCCCUAAAUUGGUACACACUGGAUGGCACCUUUGUGCAUUCAGGUUUCGCGAUAGACAACCCUUCGAAAGUGGCGGCCGCGAAUUGGCACGCCUUGGCGAAGUAUGCUGCCUUGGCGGUUGAAGCUUCGACCGGGCUGUUGAUCGACAUUGGUUCUACCACUGCCGACAUCAUUCCAUUCACCAGUGGAGAGCCGGCUCCUAGUGGGUAUACCGAUACCGAACGAUUGUCGACUGGGGAACUGGUUUACACAGGCGUCGAACGAACACCGGUCUGCGCGAUUGCUCCCACGGUUCCCUGGCGUGGACAUAACUGCCGCGUUGCUGGCGAGCUUUUCGCCACCGCGUGGGAUAUUUACCUCACGCUGCAGCGGCUUCCCGAAGAGCCGGACGCUACUCAUACGGCUGACGGACGACCCGCAACCCGCGCUGCGGCGGCCGGGCGAUUAGCGCGUUCGAUUUGUGCCGAUGCGGCAGAGUGUGGACCGGAAGACGUUCUGCAGAUCGCCAAGGCAUUGGCCAACGCUCAACGAAACACUCUGAUUGAUGCCGCUAGCCAGGUGAUCGAGCGGAUGGCGAAACGGCCUCAGGUGACGGUUGUAUCGGGGCAGGGGGAGUUCCUGGCCCGAGAGGUAACUCAAGCGGUGGCACCGGAAGCAGAGAUUCUGUCGCUUACGGAGCGGUUGGGCCCAGUAGCGUCUCGUGUGGCGGAAUCACUUUCUCGCUGGAUCCAGCAGCAGCCUCCGAUGCUCUCACUGCUGGUAGUUGGUGGCGGGGCCAGCGCGGAAAUGAUUCGCCGUCUUGAUCGCACGCACGCCCUGGGUGAGUCGGCUGCCCACUGGUUAGCCAUUCGGGCGAUGCAGUUCAAUGCGAAGGUGAUUGAAGCGUUGUUACCUGAGACGACUCGAUUGGAGUCGUUUCAAGAGCUGCCAUCAGACUCGCGCGAUAGUGGUGUGAAGAUCGUCGAUCCUUUGGCAGUUCUGAAGCAGGUGAGUUCCGGAGUGCACUCUCUUCCAGAAUCCUGGGAUGUCACCAGCGACUCGAUAGCUGCCUGGAUCGCUACGAGGACCAACGCGAGUGAGUUGGUUCUUCUAAAGCCAGCACUGCCACCCCGUGGAGCUACUGUGCAAGACUCAAUUGCGGGUGGAUACGUGGACCGCUACUUCGAGAAAGCGGCUAUAAAGGUGGUACACAUUCGAUGCGUGAACCUGCGAGAGCGCACCUUUCCCGAGGUUGAGAUCGAGUUCGGCGAACACUCUAGAAACUCUUAG